UGAGCUGAGAACCAUGUGCGCGCCGAAUAUAUUCAUAAUAAAAACGCUGCUGUUGUUAUGGGUCGUGUGCGCGGUUUUAUGCGAACACCACAAGAGAGACGUCCACCGCAUCGUAAUCAAACAGAGGAUACCCAGAAGUCACAAGAAGGGUCACAGUAACACGCACGGGCAUGACCACAAACGGGGUCGUCACCAUUCCGGGAGAAGCCACGGUCAUGAUUACAAAAGGCCUAAGAAGCACCACGACAGCCGCGAAAGAGACAGUUCUGAAGAUGCCAGUUACAGCAGGGAGAAUAGUUUCGAGGAAGUUUUCCAAAAGCAGAAGGGCCAUAAAACCUACCACACCGACUCAAAGAAGUCGUACAGUUCUCCAUUAUAUAGUGUAAACCAGGAUCAUCAAGAAACACGACAAAAACGUUACAAAGAACCCAAAUUCAUUUUUCAAAACGAGUGGACUCCUCUAAGCUCGGAACAAAUACUUCUCAGUUCUCUCGAGGCGUACAAGGAAAGACACAAAAAAAAGAGGGAUGGCAGGAAAACCCAUCUCACCUCUUUAAAACCACCUCCAAUAGAUUUCACAACGUCUUACCCACUUCAGUUCGAAUCGUCCUCAGUUUUUCCACAACUGAUUGGGUAUCCAGAUGCUUUUUCUAACUUUGAUCUUAGUAAAAAAACUAUCGAAUCUAAUCAAUCCCCGUUAAUCGGUACGAUUGAACAGCCCAAUGUACAGUUUCCCGAGUUUAAAGACAAUUACAAUAAGUUGAAGAACCACCGAUCAAGUUACGAAGUAACAGAGCUUACUCCUUCGGACACCAAUAUUAACACACUUAUAUCGGUGCCCGAUGACUCUAUUCCACAAGAUUCUAUUGAAGAGGUUACUACAAAGGCCAGUAAGCACCAGAACGAAGAAAUGAAAAGUACUCAAAGACCUGUAAGAGGUAGAGGGCGGAUGACCUUCCGGGGACAAACUAAAUCCUAGACCACAAUUAUAAAUAUUUAAGCAUUUAAGCUCAUAAGAUUAGGUUCUGCAGUCUCUGAUAAGUUAAGUAUUUAUUAUUUUCCUAUUGGCCACUAUUAUGAAAGCCUAAGGUGAUGAUGAACAAAGUUACCUUUUAACAAGUAUACUAAUGGGUUCCAAGAAACCAGUUUGGUUCCAAACUUCAAAUUAUUUUAAAUUUGGACUGGUCUGCUCUUACUUCUCGAGAUAAAAGCUUAGCUUAAAAGGACUCUACAGUAGAUAGGCAACCAGCAAUACAUUUUUAUAGAUUUUAUUACACAGUUUGUCUAAAUUUGAAUUAAUGCACAAAUAACAGACUUUCCCCCAUUUUAACGCAUAUUUUCUAUAAAAUGGACUUGGUCUGAAACUCAGAUUACU